UCAGCCUCUGCUGACACGAAUUUUCGAGGCGACCCGCUGCGAUGAUGCUGGAAACAUCUUGAGACUCGACGUUUAAUGUUAUCUUCCUCAUGGCGACGCGGAUGUGCUCGAUGUACAUACGAACCCACUACCACACAAGUCUCAUGAACCGACACCUCCAUUAUCUGCUUGCGUGAACCCUUCAUACGUUCUUCCUAGCCCGUCGACACCGUAGUGCCGCCGUCGAUCUUAUCUCGCGUCUUAUCCGGUCGUUGCUGGAUGCAUCCGAUCAUCUCACCCGCUCGAUCUUGCGCCAGCAGUGUAACUUGAGGGCCUCAUGCCAAACCGCAUACGACGAGCGCAUACAAAGUCCAGAUUCGGAUGUCAGCAAUGUAAGAAGAGGCGAAUAAAGUGCGACUUCAAGCAUCCUUCUUGCGGAACAUGUGUGAAGAAAGGGGAGACGUGUAGUUUCCUCCAAACUGCGCCUCCUAAACAUCUCAAAAUUACAUUCGCAGAUAGUGAGCAUUGCACCGUUACAGUACCUCGGCGACAUGACACCAGCUCUCCAGAUGAGCGAGAUCUCCUCCCACUACACGCCCGACUUCAAGACCCAUGGAAAUUCAGCCAAGGAGCAUCCCCUUUCUCGCUACAAAACGUACUUUCCCAUUACACACACACCACCAGUCUUACAAUCGAAAACGGCGACCGAGAGACAGCUGUCUGGCAGCUUGGCAUCCCUCAAAUUGCUGCGGGCUAUAAGUUCCUCACGCAUUGCGUCCUCUCAGUCACGUCGCUACACAUUGCAUAUCUUUCCAGACCGGAAGAACAGCCCAAGCAGUUCAAUCACUGGAACGCUGUAGCCGCUUUUCAGAUGAACCAAGCGCUUGCGGGUUAUCGUCACGCGAUUGAGAAGGUCACUCGAAAUAAUGUCGCUGCUGUGUUUGCAAGCUCAGCGUUGACUGCCGUUUACUUUGUCCGAACCUCGGUCCUGAAUUUCGGAGACUUAGAAGCCGCCUUCCCUCUGAGUGCUGCUCAUACAUCUGAGAUGGCUGGCAAAAUGAUAUCUUGUAUCGUUAGAACAAUGUGGGGACUUAGGGGACCACUAGAGGUUCUUAUGAAAGGUUGGACCUGGAUAGCUGACAGCAGUAUACAACCCGUGGCAUCAAGGAAAGGAUGGCCAAAGAUGCGCAAGCCAGCAUCACCUCUUGCUCGCGAUGAAGAUGAAAGAUUACGGCGUAUCAAGGACUUGUGGCUCCAAACAGACCGGCAGUAUGGUCCCCAUUCGCAGUACCUUAGCCAAGCCUUGGAUCAACUUCGCGAAACAUACGCUCUCAACUCACAACUCCUUCAGCUGGGAGCUUCCAAAGAUUGUCAUGGAACUAGUGUUCUGCUCGAUCGCGAUGCGAUGUUCUCAUGGGUCACGCGUGUUGCUCGUGAAUACAUUCAGCUCGUCGAAGCCCAAGACCGCGAUGCGCUGGUAAUUCUAGCGCACUUCGCCGUAUUGCUUAUCCGGACAAAUACGGUAUGGUGGCUUGAGGGCCUAGGUACAAACUUUGUAAGGGCUAUCGCGGUAGCGUUGGGAUCAGAGCACCGUAAGUUGAUCGAAUGGCCAGCACAUCAUGCUGGUAUAAGUCUGUCAUAGUAUGGAUCUAUACAGAACACUUUCGAUGCCAUUGUGGCCUCUACGAACCACAGCCAUGCGGUUUACUUUCUCUCACCAUGUAAAAAACUAUACUAGUCAUGUUCACUUUGACUCCAAACAUAAGGAAGGGGCAAAUUGAAAGGUAGCGCUCGGAUCUGUUGCACUAGGAUUCUUCUCAUAUACUCUGAGCUCAUGUGCAACAAUAAUGACAAGGGGAACAAAGAGCGACUAGCUGGGCAUAUAAGCAUAGCUUCAUGAGAUAAACCUGACGUAGAUCGAACAAAAUCUCCCCAUCCUAGAGCUGCCUUGUUCAAGGUCAUUUGUUGCAAUCAUGGCUCGGCGAAUUGCUCGUUCCCCAAGUCUUUGAAGAUGUGCC